CGCUCUUGGACUUUCUAGUUGACAGAUCAUUGAAGCAUUGAACUCAGAGGACAAUUGGAAACUCACACCUAUAAUUUGCAGCUCAUCAUUUCUAAUAAUAAAAACGGUAAAUAAAAUGUCUUGAUAUGCUUUAUUCUCAUUUUUCAUAUCUCUUUUAUUUCGUAUGCUCUUAUCGUCUUCUUCAAGCAAAGCUAGAUCAUUUCAGAUCCAUGUAUAUUAUAAUUUGAGGUUGAGGUAACAAUAUAAUGGCCGUUUUCUUCCAAGGAGAAACUGAAAUGAGAGAACCCUCUUCCGAUCUUUUUAUGGUGAACCUGAAUCCUUCCCCUGAUCAGACAAUGACCAUUAAUGCUCAUAACAAUCACUUCUACAACUUGUGCUUCGCGCCCCAACAACAUCCACAGCGAAUGAACAAAUAUGAAGUACUAGAUCAUAUCGAACAAGCGAAUUGUUCGGCGAUCUCCACGGUUUCAAACGGGAGAGUAACGCAAAGCUUCAGGGCUUUGGCUCCGACCUACUUAAGAGUUGCUCAAGAAUUGCUCAAUGAGAUUGUCCAUGUUGGACGCGGUAGCCGUGGCGCAAAACAAGAGCAACAAAUGAAUAAUGAGUCGGCGACUUAUGGAUUAUACAAUGGAGUUGGGAAUAUAAACGGUGGCCCUAAGCCUGGCGUUUGUCGGCAGGAGUUGCAGUUGAAGAGAGCAAAGCUCAUCUCCAUGGUGGAAAAGGUUGAACAGAUAUACAAGCAAUACCACGACCAAAUGCAGACAGUAAUCUCAUCGUUUGAGCAAGAAGCGGGUUUAGGCUCAGCAAACUCGUACACACAUAUGGCGUUGCAAACAAUAUCAAAGAAAUUUCGUGCUGUGAAAGACAUGAUAUGUUUGCAAAUCAAACACAUAAACAAUUUGUUAGGAGAAAAAGAAUGUGAAGGUGUAUGUUUAGCCAAGCAGUUGGGGAAGAUGCCACAUAACCAUUCAAAUGCUUGGAGACCACAACGAGGAUUGCCCGAAACAGCUGUUUCCGUUCUUCGGGCUUGGCUUUUUAACCAUUUUCUUCACCCAUAUCCAAGGGAUUUAGAUAAAGAAAUGCUUGCCAAACAGACUGGCCUUACUAAAAGCCAGGUAUCAAAUUGGUUCAUAAAUGCUCGAGUUCGAAUGUGGAAACCAAUGGUGGAGGAGAUGUAUUUGGAAGAAAUGAAUAUUGAAGAAAGCAGAAAAAGAGGAAACCUCAGUGAACAUGGUAACAAAGGUUCAUCCUCUAAGCAACUUUGUAAUAAUACAACUUCAGAUGAAUCGUCGAAUUGGAUCAUACCCGCGUUUCAUCAAGGAUUCAUCAAAAAUGAAACUUCCAUGCAAAACUCAUUCUCAAGUUGCAGCGUAAUGACGUUCGGGAAGCAACACGCGAACCAAGCUAAGUUGAUCCAAUUCAGUGGAGGAUUCGAAAACUAUCACGCAAUGGUUGGAAACAGUGUCUCCCUUUCUCUUGGCAUGCCUCAUUCUUGCGACCAAUCCCUGAACAACAUUCAGUUUGGGUCGACAAGUAAUGAAACUAAGAUCUCGGGCAAAUAUCCUCCCUCUUUAACAUAUCAAAACAUCGAUUAGAGAUCUGAAUAGAUAUCAUAAAAAUAUAAAUCUGCAUGUUGUUGUGGCUUCUUGUGUGUAGCCUUAGUCCAUGGGUGAUUUCAUAGGCAGAAGACUAAAAUAUAGAGUUUGAUAAAACCUGUAGAUAGUAAUUUUUAGCUUAAGACUAUAGAUACACAAUGGUCUUGCUAAAUUCAAGAUGGCAUAGUAUCGAUCGAAUGCUUGACAAAUGGGUGUAAAUAGAGAUCAGGUCAACCAUGAGAUCUCCAUUAGUGUGUGUUUUAUAAAUGUGUUCAUGUGUGUCAAUGUGUUACAACAGGCAACAGCCUCAACUAUCAUUUCUUAAGCAUACCUAUGCAUACGAGUUUAUUUGUUAUUUUAU